AUGAAUAAGGCUCCUCGCCAAAAACGAGCUGAAAUCCAGCGUUUAACUAGUAUCUCUAAUCUUCGAACAAAACAAUUAAGUGGUUCUGUUGGUAAACGAGGACACGAAGAACCAGAUCGUAUUGAACAUUUUGAUCUUGAACUUCGACCAAGUAAAUUACACGAUCUUAAAGUUGGCGAGUUCAUUAGUGGAGGAGACAGGUUUCUUAUUUAUUUUAUUAAUGCAAUAUUUACUAACAUGGUAGCAGGCUUUCUCGAUGCCGUCGCCAAAGUACGCCAAUUUCGAUUUCAUAAUGAUGAUGAUUUAUAUGAUCGAUUAUCGCGACGAUUUUCUGUCAUUUUACUUAUGUUAUUUACUGUUGUUGUAUCUACUAAACAAUAUGUUGGUGAUCCUAUUGCUUGUUUUGCUCCUGCACAAUUUACCGGUUCUCAUGUUGAAUAUGCCAAUUAUAUCUGUUGGAUAUCUAAUACAUAUUAUGUGCCAUUUGAAAGUACAUUGCCAGCCAGACAUGAUGAACGACCGAAACAUAUUGCCUAUUAUCAAUGGAUCCCAUUUAUAUUACUUCUUAUGUCUGUCCUUUUUUACAUUCCCUCUGUUUUAUGGCAUGCAUUUUCCACAAAGACAGGUUUUGAUAUAGCUAAUCUUGUUAAAACAUUACAUAGUAUGGAACAAUUAAAUCCUGAUAUACGAGAUCGUACACUCAGAUAUAUAGCUAAACAUAUUGAUCGUGCUCUUGAAAUUCAACGUGAAAUGGGCACAGGAUUUUUUUCCCAAUUUACACGUAUAUUACGUCGUCAUUGUCCAUUUUUUAUUAUCGGUCGUGCUCAAGGCAAUUAUUUAACUUUUGUCUAUUUAUUUGUUAAAUUAUUGUAUAUUACAAAUGUUAUUGGACAAUUAUUUUUACUUAAUAUUUUUAUGGGUUCAAAUUAUCAUGGUUAUGGUAUUGAAGUAUUACGAAAUUUAUUAUCAGGCCGUGAAUGUUGUCGUUCAGCACGAUUUCCUCGAGUUACAAUGUGUGACUUUGAAAUUCGUACUAUGGCUGAUCAUAUACAUAAACAUACGAUACAGUGCGUGCUUCCCGUGAAUUUAUUUAAUGAAAAAAUUUUUAUAUUCAUAUGGUUUUGGCUUGUCCUUGUUUCUAUUUUAUCAUCAUAUGGUUUUCUAAUAUGUAUAUGGCAACAAAUUUUACCAUUUAAUCGUGAACAUUUUCUUAAAAAAUAUCUUAAAAUAAUGAAUCGAAUAACGCGUGAAUCAUUUGAUAGAAAAUUAUUUCAUACAUUUUCAAACAAAUAUUUAAAACAUGAUGGUGUUCUAGUUUUACGUCUUGUUGCAAUGAAUACAAAUGAUGUUGUUAUGGGAGAAAUAAUGGUUGCACUAUGGGAUAGUUUUAAACGAGCACAAGAUGCUGAUGGUGGGAUAUUUGUAUAA